GGCUAUCAAACCUACGUCCGACCUGAAGGAAAGAGCGGAGGGCAUGGAGUAGGCUGGUCUGAGAUUCCCCGAUACUCUUUUAAGGUGCCGAAAGGCUGGGAAGAAACACCCGUGUCCAUUGCCGAUCUUGGUGGCACUGAGAUCGACCUGCGCUUUUCAAACAAGGAUCAGGGCAGCUUGGCGAUUGUUGUGGCCCCUAUUUUGCGCUUCAUCGAUGUGGGUUUCAAUGCAGACGUCAGGAUAGAAGAAGUGGGUCCUCCAGAGAAGCUCAUUAGCGGCUUUGCACCAGAGCUAUUUGGCGCACCACUCUCGGAGGACGAUGUCAUGGGACAGACAAUCACGAAAAAGAACAAUCUGACAUACUACAGAUGGGAGCUAAAGCCACACCGCCUGGUGGCAGCUACUGCGUACAAGAAUCGCAUGUUCCUGAUAGCCAUUCAGGCUAAUGGGAGGCAAUGGAGGAAAGCUGAGAGUGAUCUCAGGCACGUGCAGGAGUCAUUUGAUAUUGUGCAGGCGUGA